CGCAAGGCUCGCACGGGUGACGUCCCUGGGAAAAAAUACAGUAGAGGGGCAAAACGACCUUGACGCCUGAGGCCUCUUCUGGAGAUUACCACAAACACAGGGUCCCCGACCUCUCUUUACAGUACCUUGCAGCAUUUGCUUCGCUGUGGCGAACUCAACGUCUGCCUCUGUCGCCCGACUGAACCCGACGCAUCUUCGCAAGAUGGCACACGCCAAGAGCAUAGUCAACCUCCCCACCGAGCUCCAACUGGCAAGGGAAUGUGCCUUGCUGGGGAACUAUGAUACGGCGCUUCUCUACUUUGAGAGUAUCCUCCAGAACAUUCACCUAUACGCGAAAAACAUAGCCGACCCAGUACUCCGAGACAGGUGGAUCACAACACGGCAAGAGCUCAGCGUAGAGUUUCAGCUCGUCAAGGAUAUAGGCUUGGAGUUGGCGAGCUUCAAGGAGCGAUCACAUAGCGGGAUCUUUUCGCGGAGCAGAGGUGCUUUGGAUGAUGAUUCGGGAUACAGUGCGCCUGUCGAUAAGGAUGUGUGGCCGGCCCCAGAUCCAUUACCGAGGAGAUCCGUGCCGCGAAAGUCUCGGACAAAUGAUGACGACACGUUACCAUCCUGGGCAAAGAAGGAUGUGAAUACCAGCAUUUCCGCAGCUCGGGGCGGUGGACAGCGAGGGAAAGCGGCCAUCUCGAAAACGGUCGUACCAAAAGGUCGGGCGCCCGCUCCUAACACAAAGUCUGGCCCGGCGUCGAAAGGACCGGCUGGCACUGCAUCACCUCCCCUAGGCAAGAAGCCUAUGCGAAAAGCAGGGUCCCAAUCGAAUAUGGUUGAUCGUGCUGCAAAGGAGAAAGAGGACGCGAAAGCGAAGAACGAGGAGGAAGUGGAUGAGAACGGAAGACCAGAGUUCGACGGGUCGGGCUAUGAUAAGGAUCUCGUCGAAAUCGUCAAACGAGACAUUUUACAGACAGCACCAAAUGUCAAGUGGACGGAUAUAGCAGGGCUACGAGAAGCGAAAGGACUGCUGGAAGAAGCCAUCGUUCUGCCAUUAUGGAUGCCAGACUUUUUCCAAGGGAUUCGCAGGCCGUGGAAAGGUGUGCUGAUGACCGGCCCGCCCGGUACUGGAAAAACAUUGUUGGCGAAGGCAGUGGCUACUGAAUGUGGAACCACAUUUUUCAACGUGACAGCCAGUAUGCUGACAUCGAAAUGGCGAGGAGAUUCCGAGAAGAUCGUUCGGCUACUCUUUGAAAUGGCCCGUCACUACGCACCCUCCACAAUCUUCAUUGACGAAAUCGACUCGGUCUGCAGCACGCGCGGCGAAGGCUCCGAACACGAAGCCAGCCGGCGCGUCAAAUCCGAGAUCCUCAUGCAGAUGGACGGGAUCAGCGGGUCAAUAGGGACCAACGCGGAAGGGGAACGCGAGCCGGUCGUAAUGGUGCUGGCUGCUACGAAUUUUCCGUGGCACAUUGAUGAGGCGCUGAGGAGGAGGCUUGAGAAGCGGAUUUAUAUCCCACUCCCCGAUGAGGAAACCCGGCGAGAACUGUUACGGCUAAACCUGCGUUCCAUCAAGAUCGCGGAAGAUGUAGUAUUGGAGGAUUUGGCUGGGAAGAUUGAGGGAUAUUCUGGGGCUGAUAUCACCAACAUCUGUCGAGACGCCUCAAUGAUGAGUAUGCGAAAACGGAUCAAAGGACUGAAGCCCGAUGAGAUCCGGAGUUUGGCGAAAGAGGAACUCGAGGCCCCAGCAACAAAAGACGACUUUGAAGCAGCGAUCGCCAAAAUCCAGUCGUCUGUCAGCCAGGCUGAUCUCAAGCGGUACCAGGAGUGGAUGGAUGAGUUUGGAUCUUAUUGAAAGACUUUUCUCUAUUGUUUGGAAUUUGUCGUUCCCCAUACUUCUGGACAGUCACACACACUUUGAUUAGGCGAAACAAUGUCCGGAUUGUUUAGCUGGUUGUGCAAAAGACAGUUAUCAUCCACUCACGAAAGAAACAAAGACCAGAAACAUAAGACCAGAUGACAAGAAACUAGCUGAACACUGUUAUCAAAGCAAACCCAAAAAAAAGAGGAUACACGGAGGAAGAGAGGAAACGAUAUAAAGUCCAUGGAUCUCAGCAGAAAGCCCAUAUUCGCGCGCGCCAGACGGAAACGAGAGAACCAGCCGUUCAGCUUC